AUGACUUCGAGUCUCCCUAUUCCACUACAGGUCCUCAACCUUGGCCUUUCAUUCAUCUUCGCGUAUCUCACAUCUAUCAUUAUCUACCGUUUGUAUUUCCAUCCACUGGCCAGGUUCCCCGGUCCGAAGCUAGCAGCCGCGACGAAAUGGUACGAGUUCUACUUUGAUAUCGUUAAGAGACCCGGGGGCCAAUUCUUUCAAGAGCUGAAUCGAAUGCACGAGAUAUAUGGACCCAUUGUGCGUGUCAACCCCGAUGAGAUUCACAUUCGCGAUCCCUCCUGGUUCGAUGUGCUCUAUGCUCCGAACCCGACGAAGAGAAACAAGUACUGGCCCUCGGCAGAAAUGGCCGGGUUGACUCUAGGAACCCAUGGAACCAUCAACCACGAUCGGCACCGCCGAAGACGAAUGGCCAACGCGCCCAUGUUCAACAAAAGGUCAAUCUUGAGCACACAGGGCCUGAUCAAGCAGCAUAUCGACGAAUUGGUCGAAGUAUUUGCGUCCAAAUCGGGGACCGACGAGCCCGUCGAUCUCCAAACCACCUUCCUGGCCUAUACGACCGAUGUGAUCUACCACUACAUGUUCGAUACUGAUGCAGGAUACCAACGGGACCCCAAGGUGGCCAGAAAAUGGAGGCAUUCAAUGGAGGCGGUUGCGCAGGCCACGCCUUUUUUGAAACAGUUUCCGAAUCUGCUGUCCAACCUCCUACGCAUCCCGCUUCCUAUUCUCAUCUGGGUCCUGAAGAGGGUCCAAUCGGAUGUUGCGGGGCUACUAGAAACCCACCAGGUGAGCUUCCUGGAGAGUCCAUGGUGGAUGACAUUGCUAACAGUCCACAAGCUUAUGGCCAAGAUCGUCUCCAAGUACAUGGCCACCAAAGCGACGGAAGCGCAGAGCGAGACAGACGAAGAGAGCAAGAAGGUCAAGCCCCGAACACUCUUCCAUGCGAUCGAACGAAGUUCCCUGCCCCCCGAUGAGAAGCAGCCUCCUCGUCUCGCCCAGGAAGGCCUGACGGUCUUGUUCGCGGGAGGAGAAACCGGGUCCCGCUUCCUAGCCCACACCGUGUAUCACCUGCUCUGCAAUCCGGAUAUUCUGGAUAAGGUGAAGAAGGAAAUUCUCGACGCUGCCGGAGAGUCGAACGAGGUACCGGACGUCAGGACUUUGGAGGGACUCCCGUGGCUGACGGCCUCGGUGAGAGAAUCUCUGCGCCUCCGAGCGGCAACAACAUCCCGGCUGCCCUUGGUCGUGGAGCAGGAAAUGGUAUAUCAAAAUUGGGUCAUCCCUGCGAAUACCCCGAUCAGCAUGAGCCACCCUGACAUCCUGCACAAUGACUCCAUCUUCCCCGAGCCCUUGAGAUUCCGUCCCGCUCGCUGGUUCACCGCAACUGAGCAGCAGAAUCGGCUAUUCGUCCCCUUCGGGAAGGGAACGCGGAUGUGUGUCGGAAUGGACUUUGCCUAUUCGGAGAUGUACCUCAGUCUCGCGGCGAUCCUCCCCCGAUUCGACAUGGAGUUGUACGAGACGGACUGGGAGCGAGACGUGCAGUACUCCCGCGACUGUUUCCUCGGAGAACCGGACCCCCGGAGUCCGGGGAUGCGUGUCAAGGUCGUCGCUGAUAACAAGGCGUUUGCUCUGACGGAGACUGCUAUGGUUUCUUAG